AUGGCUGAUGAAAAUCAAAAAAAUACAUCAAAAUUUCAAAAGCAAGAAAUAUUUGAAUUGUUUUCACAUUCGAGUACGUUACAUCCACAAUCAUGUUAUAUUAGCCGAUAUAUUCAUACUCUUCAUGGAUUGAAUGAUUUAUUGGAAGAAAUAAAAGCUGGAAAAUCGUCAGAUCCUAAUUUAUCAUUAGAAUCUAAUGAAUCAACUAUUUUAAGGUCCAAUUCUUAUGAUUUUUGUUCUAAAGAAUUAUUAAAACCUACUGUUGAUGGAAAAAAAGAAGUCAUAAAAUUAUUCGAAGUAGUAUAUUAUCUUACACAAGAAAGAGACGAACAAAUAUGUCCAGAUGAUGUAAUCAAUAUAUUUAGAGGUGCAAAAAUAGCAAAAGAGUUGAUUUUAGUUGGUGUAGCACAUGGUGCACAAGCAAAAUGCAAAUAUGCAAAAUUGGCAAUAUUUCGUUAA